AAAGAAUCCAAGAUGGCGGUAGCAGACGUGGUUAUCAAGCAAGAAGCUGUAGAUGUAGUUGAUUUGGAGGAGAGAGUCGUGCAGCUCUGUAAAGAGAACCCUAAAGGAAUAACAGACCAGAUAAUAUCACAAGAUAUGCCGAAUAUUCCGCCUCAACAAAGAGUAACAGCCAUUAACAGACUUCUUUCCAUGGUGGGUAUUCCCUCAAACCCAGGAUGGUGGAGCCCCAGGGGAAUUUUACUAUCUCGUGAUUUCCAGAGUCAACUUCUCCUUCUCUUGACUUGAAAAGCAUGUCAACUUCCAGUCCCGUAGUAAAUUCUUAUGUGGUAGUCAAGGUAUGGAUACUUUGAAGGUGUGAAUAAUUUUUUUUUCCAAUACACAGGGAAGGAUUGAACUUCUAAAAAGUGGCACACAGUUAUUGUACAGAUAUAAAGAUGCUCAAGCAGCAACGUAAGUUAAACCAAUUUCAGUAAAUGCAAAGGGAAAGAUUUUGGCUGGCUCAUCCUCGGUGUAAAAACCUGUGAAACUCAGGAUUGAUGUAAAACAAUGAAUACAAAGAAGCCACUGAGAAGUCAACACAAUAGAGAGGCCCUGCCAGGGUAAAUUCCGACAAGCGACAUAGCCCAAAAAGUAGCAACAGCGCAUAAAUUGAAAUUGAAAUCGCGACAAGAGAGAACCUCCCUCGGCCAAAUUGCAACAAUCAUUUAUAAACACUGACAAGAGACGUUUCAAAAUUCAGAUGGGUGACAUUGGACCCCCCCUCUGGCAGGGCCUCUAUAGAGCCAAGGAAAAUAAUAGCUAGAAGACAAAGAAAAACUUCACAGGUUUUUACACUGAGGUAAACUCUUUAGGCCCUACUAGAAGUAGCAGCACCACAGUUUUAAGCUAUUUUAAUCAUCUUCAUCCUCCUCCUCCUCCUCCUCCUCCUCCUCAUCAUCAUCAUCAUCAUCAACAUUAUCAUCAUCAGAAUCAUUAUUUUCACAAUCUUCAUUGUCAUGCAAUGGCUAUCCUUAGAAACAGCAUCAACAUGAUCUAUCUCUCUUGCUUUAAUUGUCACAAUAUUAUUUAUCUAUAUAUUCUCUUAAAUAUUAACAUAGUCUUAUUAAAUCAAGGAUUAACUUAAUCAACUUGUGCUUUGAUCCUGAUACAUUAUUUUUCAACAGAAAAACAAAAGGAUUUGAUGUGCAAGAAAAAUUAGUAUAUCAAAUCAUAGAAGAAGCAGGAAACAAAGGUGAUUGAAUUUUUUUGGUAAUUAUUUAUUUUGUUAAUUAUUGUUUACAUCAUUUCUUAUUUCUUCACCAAGCUUGCUGAUCCUAUCAGUAUGUAGGAAGCAUGUCAUACAUGAACCUUGUAUACUGUAUGACAAAAUCAUGAGCCCUUCGUAGCUCAGAGGUUGGAGCAUCUGACCGGUGUUUGGAAGGUCACAGGUUUAAUUACUGUCGAGGAAUCAGAUUUUUUCUUUGUCCUGUGCUCUUGACAUUUUGAUUAUGUCAUUUCUCAAAAAUAUUAACUUGCUAUUUUAAAAUACCUAUCAGAGUAUAUGGGCACAAAUCACUGUGACAUUCUCUUGGUAUUUAUAGGUAUCUGGAUUAGAGAUAUCAGAUUCAAAAGCAACAUACAGUUGACACAAGUCAACAAGAUUCUAAAAAAUUUAGAAAGCAAGAAACUCAUCAAAGCUGUUAAAUCUGUGGCUGUAAGUACCAGUAUAGAAGGUUUUAACCAGUUUCCCUGAGAAUCAAUCAGCAGAAGAUUUUUCCAAGUUGUUAUGUAGUGAUCAUAGAAUUAAAUUUUUUUAUCACCCCAGUGUGCAAAGAAAGUUUUGACCAAUAGCCCAGGACUAGUGGAUUUUGCCACAAUCAGGCCAGUGAGUUCUGUUCGUAAGCUUGCCUGAUGAGCAAGCAAAGUUUUUUGGAGACUGUAAGAAAUUUUGCAUGCAGUUUAAUUAGUUUUUUUUUUUACACCUGAUUGGCUUAAUUUCCUUAGAACACAACAACAUUCUAGAAGUAUUUCUAGUGUCCAUAGUUUUUGCAAGUUAAACAAUUUUUUGGUAAUAAGUUAUCUGCAAACUGUAUCCUUAAGGAAAAUAAAAUAUAUCUGCCAAUGAUCUUGUUCUUUAGGCAUCUAGAAAGAAAGUAUACAUGCUGUUUAAUUUGGAGCCUGAUAUAUCAGUGACUGGAGGAGCCUGGUACAGUGAUCAAGACUUUGAAUCCGAAUUUGUAGAAGUACUAAAUCAGCAGUGUUACAAGUAUCUUGAACAAAGGGUGAGACUCUUAUUGUAAUUUUCAGACCCGUUUUAAGUAUUUGUUCAAGUAAGGAUUUGAUGUUUAGUUUUUACUGACUGCUUGAUGGUGAUUGCAAUAAUAUAUUAGUAUCUUAAUAGUAUAUAUUAACACAACAAGACGGGAGAGGAAAGAAGGUGGCAGACCUGUGUGACAACAUUUACUGUGGUAUAAUAAAAGGACCAGAACACAGUUUAUGUUAAGUGAAAAUUGUCACAAAACACGCAAGUAACGUCACGUUUGUUACACAAAAUGUUUUGCUGUCCUCUUCUUUCUGUUGUCGUGUUUCAUAAGCUCAUUGUUAUUAGUGACUGUGACUGUGAUUGUUGUGAUGGUGACGAUGAUGAUGUUUAUGAUCAUGAAUGAUGCAUAUUAUACUGAUGAUGAUGAUCGCAAUGUUGAUAAUGACGACAGUAGUGGUGGUGGUUGUGGUGGUCAUGAUGAUUGCAUGAUACACAACAAAAUGUUGUUUUGCAUACCAGUCUUCUUGCUGUUUUGACACCCUAAGUUGGGAUCUGGCGUUUGUUUUUUCUGAAUGCUAUAGAAGUUAUGAUGAUAAUGUAAUGAUGACGAUGGCAAUGAUAGUGAUGAUGAUGAUGAUAACAUAUGUGAUGGUGACAAUAUUAUUGUGGUGCUGGUGGUUGUGGUGGUGACAAUGAUGAUGAUUUUGAAACACUGAAUUUAAAAAAUGUUGUCUUCAUGUACCUGAGUUAAGUAUGCAUGAGCCUAAACUAAUUCUAAUCAGACUUCUUACAGUAUGAUUUGUGCUCUUUGUAGGCUGCAGAAGCAGACAGAAUGAAUCUAAAUCCUCUAGGUAAAAGAAAUGCUUCUUAUUCGUCCUGUUAUGAUGUGUGGAAGUACAUCUCUGAAUUGGGAAUUAGCAAGGUAAAAUACAGUCCUGCAACAAUAACAGCAUCCAAGUGCAAGAGAUACUUUUUUUAAAAUGUAAUUAUCAUGGAAGGAAGACUUCAGUGUAGAAUACAUUGAACUGUGUAUGGUUGUGUUCUCAUUCUGAACAAUAAAAUUAAUUAAUUAGUCAGAGCCCAGAAAAAACCUUGAAUUCCAGUUUGUCCUUUGGGCAAUCUUGAGCUCUCUCAUUUUGCUUGCCUGGGCCCACUUAACUUGCUUGUCGUAGUCAGUAAUUUUGUCAGUGAAUAACUUGUGUGGACCAAGUAGGCUUUAAAAGUUACUUUCCUGGUAAGAAAAUCCACUUGUCCCAGACUACUGGACAGGACAUUUUUAUAGAGCCCUGUUAUUAAUAAUAUUAUUUUAUUAACAGCAUUUCAUUGCAUACAUUUUACAUGUACAUGAACCCAGGUGCAACUGUCAGAAGGGGACAUUGAAACCAUUUUAAACACAUUAGUCUUUGAUGGCAAGGCAGAGAUGUCACUCGUAGCUGAUAGCAGUUCAAACACGUCAUCAACAGGUGGACAAAAGAAACUUUUCAGGGCACUUGUGCCUCUUAUGCCGGUUACAGGACUCAUGAGGACACCAUGUGGUGUUUGUCCGGUGAGAUUUUGUUUAUCAGCUGAUACUUUUGAAAUGAAAAACUUGUAGAUUAACAAAAAUGAAGAACCUAAAGGGGCCAACCAUUUCUGAGGGGGGGAGGGUGGGGGUUAUGGUAGCCUGCGAACAGCAGACACAUUUUCAGUCGUUGUUUCUCUCCCUCCAAAUUUUCGGAGGGAGAGAAGCGACAACUGGAAAUGUGGUGUUGUGCGCAGGUUAGGGCUAUGGGUGAUUUCAGAAAAAAAUAUCCUGCAGACUGAUUUCAAGGGAAAAAUAAUCUUGCAAGGAACUAUUUGGGAAAAAAAUUUCAGCAAUGAAAAAAAAAAAUCUCUCAUGGCAUAUAAUGCUGGUAAGAAAAAUCUUACACCGUUGUAUGUUAGGGAAAAAAAUUCUAUCUCCAGAGGUUUGGGAGAGAAAAAUUCUUACACAAACCAAAUCACCCUAACCUGAAUUCAGGCCCAAUUUUAGCGGUUCUCAUACCUUCGCUCUAAUGGCUAUCACUAGAAGUUCGCCUUACCCGCCGGAAUGUUUUUUACAAAGCGAAACGAAAACUGAGCCUGAUCUGGUUAAAAUCACCCAUACCCCAUUUAUUUCCCUUUGUUUCAUUAUGUUACUCAUUAUGUUACAUUACCAUACCGCAAAAUUAACAAAGAGAAAUAAAAUUUAAACCAACAUAAUCUCAGCUGGUGAGAUAUACCAGGAUUUGCAUGCCCAAGUUGGAUUUUGUGUACAGAACGGACAAAAAUGCGAUGAAAGUGAUGUCAACUCGAACCUUUUAUUUUAAAGAUAAGUCCGUCAUUAGUUAAAUUAAUUCCCAGUCAAUUCAGAGUCAAUAAUUAUAUGAUGUGGCCAUCCUAUGGUGUGAUCAUUCAAUUGAAAUCUCUCUAACAGUACCUCUAAUACUUUCACAUGGCACCUUAAGGUUUUUGGUAUUUUACAUGAAAUUUCGGAUUUUUGUUGAAGUUUUAUUUGGGAAGCAAAACUUGUGAGUCUUACGAAGAAUUAACAUCAGUUGCUGCGAAAGGUUACGGUUAAUAUGGCUUUCUCACGGGGAUUUCUCCUCUCUGUUUCCAGGUGUCAGAUCGGUGUCGUGAAGGUGGGCCAAUUUCUCCAAGCAAGUGUGUCUACAUGAAGGAGUGGCUGUCAGAGCUCUAGUGAAGGAAGUCUUAGAAAUGGAUGAGAAGUAUUUUAUUUCAAAAGGGUAAUUUUUGUAUUAAUAUUGAGUAAACACUGCAAAGCAGUGGAUUAUGAGCUGUACAAAUACCAGGUUUUGUUACUGUAUUAAAGCUGUUAUUUAAGAGAUAUGAAUUAAAAUGAAAUGUUCUGAGGCCCAUUAUAAUAUUGAAAACUGUUGAAGCC